AUGCUCAUUUACUUGUUUCACUUUUCCAACCCUUUUUUCUUUUUUGAAAGGUGUCUAGGCUACAAAGAACAAAACCUAACAAGUGUCUCAGAAUUCUUCCUCACCAGAUUCUCAGAUGAUCUAGAGCUGCAGCCUCUCUUCUUUGGGCUGUUCCUGUCCAUGUACCUGCUCACCGUGCUUGGGAAUCUGCUCAUCAUCCUGACUGUCAGCUCUGACUCUCACCUCCACACCCCCAUGUACUUCUUCCUCUCCAACCUGUCCUUGGCUGACAUCGGUUUCACCUCCACCACAGUCCCCAAGAUGAUCAUGGACAUCCAAACUCAGAGCAGAGUCAUCUCCUAUGUGGGUUGCCUGACUCAAAUGUCUUUUUUGAUCCUUUUUGGAUGUAUGGAUGGUAUGCUUCUGACUGUAAUGGCAUAUGACAGGUUUGUGGCCAUCUGUCACCCUCUACACUACUCAAUCAUCAUGAACCCCCGCCUCUGUGGCUUGUUGGUUUUGGUGUCUUUUUUGGUUAGCCUUUUGGACUCCCAGCUGCACAGUUUGAUUGUGUUACAACUUACCUGCUUCAAGGAUGUGGAAAUUUCUAAUUUUUUCUGCGAUCCUUCUCAACUCCUCAACCUUGCCUGUUCUGACACUUUCACCAAUAACAUAGUCAUGUAUUUUGUUGGUGCCAUCUCUGGCUUUCUUCCUAUUUCAGGGAUCUUUUUCUCUUACUAUAAAAUUGUUUCCUCCAUUCUGAGAGUCCCAUCCACAGGUGGGAGAUACAAAGCCUUCUCUACCUGUGGCUCCCACCUGUCAGUUGUUUGCUUAUUUUAUGGAACUGCUAUUGGAGUGUACCUUGGAUCAGCAUUGCUGCCUUCCCCCAGGAAGGAUAUAGUGGCCUCGGUGAUGUACACUGUGGUCACUCCCAUGCUGAAUCCCUUCAUUUACAGCCUGAGAAACAGGGACAUUAAGAGUGCCCUAUGGAGGUUCCUCAGAAGAACAGCCUAA